UCAAAUCUUAUUGACCCCUUUUUCCGAUUUGAUUAAAGCAUGGCUUGAUAGCAAUUGGAGGAAAAUUUUGAUUCUUUUUUCUUUUUUCCUUUUCAAUUUCUGAGGAUAGAUAACAGAAAACCCCUUUGAUUGAAGCUUUAGAUGUUUGAUCUUUCUUUUCCUUUGCAUUAUUGUCCAAAAUUAAGGGCAGUUCGUUAAUCAAUUUGUGGAAAUUUUGGCCUUUUCCCCCUUCUGCUCAUUAUUUAUUUUUCUUAUACAAUAUAUUCUCAAUCUGGUUUAGGGUGAUAAUUUGGAACAGUAUAUGCACAUAUUUACAUAUUGAACCUGGGGUUAAGAAAGUUUGGCUGAGUUAAAUAUGGGAAUUGGGCUUAAGGAGCUUUAUGCUUUUCUAUUGGUAGUGCUAUUGUCAAGCCCCCAAGCAGUGUUUGGGAUUAGAUUUGUGAUUGAUAGGGAAGAAUGCUUCUCUCACGAUGUUAAAUAUGAGGGGGAUACAGUUCAUGUUUCUUUUGUCGUCAUCAAGACUGAUUCAUCUUGGCGUUAUACCAAUGAUGGCGUUGAUCUUGUGAUAAAGGGGCCUAGCGGUGAUCAAAUUCAUGAUUUCCGUGACAAGAUAAGUGAUAAAAUCGAGUUUAUGGCUCGUCAAAGAGGAGUUCACAGUUUUUGUUUCACUAACAAAUCACCUUACCAUGAAACCAUUGACUUUGACGUACAUGUUGGCCACUUUUCAUACUAUGAUGAGCAUGCAAAAGACGAGCAUUUUAGACCUUUGUUAGAUCAGAUAUGGAAGCUAGAGGAGGCUCUUUACAACAUUCAAUUUGAACAGCAUUGGUUGGAGGCCCAGACUGAACGUCAGGCAAUAGUAAAUGAAGCAAUGGGUCGAAGGGCCAUUCACAAAGCCUUAUAUGAAUCUGCAGCACUUAUUGGUGCUAGCGCUCUCCAAAUUUACCUUCUGCGCCGCCUGUUUGAACGAAAGCUCGGGAUGUCUAGAGUUUAACCCCAAAAACUGUUGCAGAAUAGUUUGAGUAUUAUGUAAAACUUCGCUCAAUAGAUAUAAAGUUAUUUCUUUCUUAAUAGCUUAGGGAGGGAAAACGGACAUGUACAGAAUUAGGAAUAAUCCAUUUUGACAGCUUCUGUUAUUUACAUUAUUGAAUUACAAAAGGAUACUUGUGAUUUGCUGUGCA